CCAUUCCGUCAUCAAUAUUUAAACCUAUACUCUCUCUCUGCGUAUAUAACAAUUAACAAAAACACAGGUAAAUAAACAAACCCAUACACAAACAUCUAUAUAAUAUAAUUCUCUGAGUUCAAUAUAAAGAAGCGCGGGAUAAGAGACAGAAGAAGAUGGGGGCAGAUUACUAUAAGAUAUUGCAGGUGGACAAGGAUGCAAACGAUGAAGAUUUGAAGAAAGCAUAUAGAAAGCUGGCUAUGAAAUGGCACCCUGACAAGAACCCAACCAACAAGAAAGAAGCCGAGGACAAAUUCAAGCAGAUCUCCGAAGCCUACGAGGUUCUAAGUGAUCCACAGAAGAGGGAAAUCUACGAUCAAUAUGGCGAGGAAGGGCUUAAAGGUGAAGUGCCGGCGCCUAACGGCGGCGGGGGUGGUGGGGCGACGUUUUUUCAAACAGGGGAUGGGCCAAAUGUGUUUAGAUUUAACCCCAGAAAUGCUAAUGAUAUUUUCGCUGAAUUCUUUGGAUCGUCGAGCCCUUUUGGUGGUGGGAUGAGAGGGGGGAAUUCAAGGUUCUCCAGUUCAUUGUUUGGGGAUGAUAUGUUCAGUUCAUUUGGAGAUGGCAGACCGAUGAGUUCAGUGCCACGAAAAGCACCUCCGAUUGAAAGGAAGUUGCCUUGCAGCCUUGAAGAGCUUUACAAGGGAACCACUAAGAAGAUGAAAAUCUCCAGGGAGAUUGCUGAUAUGAGUGGGAAGACUUUGCCAGUAGAAGAGAUCUUAACUAUUGACAUCAGACCAGGCUGGAAGAAGGGAACAAAGAUCACAUUCACAGAGAAAGGAAACGAGGAGCCAAAUGUCAUCCCUGCAGAUCUUGUGUUCAUAAUCGACGAAAAGCCCCAUGGCACCUUCACAAGAGAAGGGAAUGAUCUUGUUGUCACACACAGAAUAUCUCUGGCAGAAGCUUUAACAGGCUACACUGUCCAUUUGACAACACUAGAUGGAAGAAAACUCACCAUUCCUAUCAACUCUGUCAUUCAUCCAGAUUAUGAAGAGGUUGUCCCAAGAGAAGGGAUGCCAAUUCCCAAAGAGCCCACAAAGAGAGGCAAUUUGAGGAUCAAGUUCAACAUCAAGUUCCCUACUAGGUUGACACCAGAGCAGAAGUCUGGAAUCAAGAAAUUGCUUGCUUCAUGAUUAUAUGUACAAGAAUCUACAAAACAUGCUUAUAUAGAUCUUACAUUGAAGGAUUACUAAAGUGCAUACUUUUUUUUUCUAGUGACGAGGAAACUAUAAUCACUAUCCGAGAGUGUACAUUUAGUAAAUUUUGUCUUGUAAUCUUAGCUGGCGAAGGAUUGAGUAAAUUUUAUCUUGUAAUCUUGAUCUCCAGAAAAGGGAUCACAAGGAGUCGUUUUGUGAUCUUAGUAAGCAAAUGAUUAUAAAAAGCUAAAUCAGUUUAUGUUGUCUAUAA